UGUAUAUGCAGGCUAAUCACAAUGUCAAGGGUGGGGCAUAUUGGACAAUAAUGCCAAUAAUGAUUUCUUGCUGCUGUUCCACUUAGAAAUAUGUGCAUUUUGGUAGUCCUCUUGUUUCUUUAUACAUGAAGAUAAACGGAUCGAGGCUAUGAUUUGUUCAGAGGAUUAAAUUAUAUUCAGUCUUGAAAGUUUAAAGCAGGAGAAAAGUUUUCAACUGAGAUAAUGAGUAAGGAUUUGACGAAGGGGAAGCUAGACAGAGACUCUGUAACUGAAAAAGUUGUGGUUGCUGUCAAGGCAUCAAAGGAAAUUCCAAAGACUGCUCUUGUGUGGGCUUUAACUCAUGUUGUUCAACCUGGAGAUUGCAUUACGCUCCUUGUGGUUGUUCCUUCACAAAAUCCGGGUAAAAAGCUAUGGGGGUUCCCACGAUUUGCAGGAGAUUGUGCCAGCGGCCACAGAAGGUCGCAUGCUGGGACUACUUCAGAACAGAAAUCCGACAUAACAGAUUCCUGCUCCCAGAUGAUCCUUCAGCUUCAUGAUGUUUAUGAUCCAAAUAAGAUAAAUGUCAAGAUUAAAAUUGUGGCUGGAUCCCCCUUUGGUUCGGUAGCUGCGGAAGCAAGGAGAACUCAAGCUAAUUGGGUUGUGCUGGACAAACACCUGAAACAUGAGGAGAAGCGGUGCAUGGAAGAACUACAGUGCAACAUAGUGGUUAUGAAGAGAUCUCAACCUAAGGUUCUCCGCCUAAAUUUAGUUGGAUCACCUAAAAAGGAACCUGAAGCCACUGGAGCAUCAUCAUCCAAGCUGGAUCAGUCGUCUGGAAAAGAAGAAGCCAACAAGAAUGAUUCAUUGAUAUCUACCCGAGGUCUUCUUGUUACCCCAACAAGUAGUCCUGAAAUGUUUACAGCAACUGAAGCUGGAACUUCAUCGGUCUCAAGCUCUGAUCCUGGAACUUCACCUUUUUUUGUUACCGAGACAAAUAGUGACCUGAAAAAGGACAUAUUGUUAGCCACUAAACAAGAUCAAGAUCUUGAUGAAUCCAGUUCAGACACGGAAAGUGAAAAUUUGUCCACAACCUCGUCAAGCUUAAGAUUCCAACCAUGGGUAGCAGAUGUUGUCAAUUCACGUUGUCAGUCAUCUCUUUCGGAAGAAAGCACUGAGAGAUUAAAUAACAGGUCACAGAAUUCUACAACAAAGGCUUUGCUAGAAAAAUUCUGUAAACUGGAUGAAGAAGCUGCCUUUUGUUCGCCAAACUACAGGUCUAAUUUGGAUUUCAGUGGAAAUGUGAGAGAAGCAAUUUCACUGUCUAGAAAUGGACCACUUGGACCUCCUCCCUUGUGUUCAAUUUGUCAACAUAAAGCCCCUGUAUUUGGAAAACCUCCUAGAUGGUUCACCUAUGCUGAGCUGGAGCUUGCUACUGGAGGUUUUUCACAAGCUAAUUUUUUGGCUGAAGGAGGAUAUGGAUCUGUUCAUAGGGGAGUCCUUUCAGAUGGCCAGGUAGUUGCAGUUAAGCAACACAAACUGGCUAGUUCUCAAGGGGACCAAGAAUUCUGCUCUGAAGUUGAAGUACUUAGCUGUGCUCAGCACCGUAAUGUUGUUAUGUUGAUUGGAUUCUGUAUUGAGGAUGGCAGAAGGCUUCUAGUUUAUGAAUACAUCUGCAAUGGAUCUUUGGAUUCUCAUCUUUAUGGACGACAUCAUGAUCCUUUAGAGUGGUCUGCUCGGCAGAAAAUUGCUGUGGGAGCUGCAAGAGGGCUAAGAUAUCUUCAUGAAGAGUGCAGAGUAGGUUGCAUUGUUCACCGAGAUAUGCGGCCAAACAACAUUCUCCUUACUCACGACUUUGAACCACUGGUUGGAGAUUUUGGUCUGGCUAGAUGGCAACCUGAUGGAGACACAGGUGUUGAAACUAGAGUAAUUGGAACAUUUGGGUACUUGGCUCCUGAAUAUGCUCAAAGUGGUCAAAUCACUGAUAAGGCUGAUGUUUACUCAUUUGGAGUGGUGUUAGUGGAGCUAGUCACUGGUAGAAAAGCAGUGGAUCUUAACAGGCCCAAGGGCCAGCAGUGUCUCACGGAAUGGGCACGUCCACUGUUGGAUGAAUAUGCGAUUGAUGAACUUGUCGAUCCUCGUCUAGGAAACCAAUAUUCAGAACAUGAGGUUUACUGCAUGUUGCAUGCUGCAUCUAUGUGCAUAAGGCGUGAUCCUCAUACGAGACCUCGCAUGUCACAGGUGCUUCGGAUGCUGGAGGGCGACAUAAUUAUGGACCCAUCUCAGAUGUCAGCACCAGGAUAUGAUGUUGGCAGCCGGAGUGGAAGAAUUUGGGCACCUCAGUUUCAACAUCAACAAUAUAGUGGGCCAAUUAUGAAGGAGACAUUGGAGGGAAUAAGUGCAAAGCUCUCACUGGAAGAGAGAAGACCUGCUUUCUAGGAGAGGGAUAAAACAAGAACUCCAUUUGAAGAAUACUUCCUGCGACAAGCUUUGUAAAUUGCUUCCUGCGACAAGCUAUGAUUUCAAUGCAAAUAGAUACUUCCAUUUUUUGUUCUUGCGGAAUCCAAUCAAAGCAAUGCUAUCUAGAUUUUGACUUUUGUACAGAAGCAAGUUAGCAGUCUUGAAGUUUUGUAAUCAAAAUGGAUCUUAAAAAUGAUUGAAGAUCAAAAGAUGAGAACUACUAUGCCUACAUAUUCUCCAGUCAGGAAGUUGUCUAGCG